CUGGGUGGGGGUGGGUGUGCUCACCCUGGCACACCGGGCCUGGAGCAGGGGCGCACCAGCACCUCGGCCCAGGACGAGAUCCACCCACUAGAGAUUCUGCAAGCGCAGAUCCAGCUCCAGCGGCAGCAGUUCAGCAUCUCUGAGGACAAGCCCCUGGGCCUGAAGAACAAAAAGGCCGAGUACCCCAGCCAGAACAGGGAUGCCGACUUGAACAGUUGUUGCUCGGAAACCAGCAAAGGGGCCAUGAGCACGAUAGACUUGGACUCGCUGAUGGCAGAGCAUAACUCCACCUGGUACAUGCCCAGCGAGAAGGUCUUGAUGGAGGGGCAAGAGGAGGACAAACCUCUGGCACCGUGGGAGAAGUCAAAACUCCAGAAUCCCAGCGAAGAAGGAGUACUCAGCCCAUGGCCAGAAAGCAAUGAAGACACCAGUUUGUCACUUAGUCAUUUUUGCAAGAAAUACUACAGAAGAGGAGCUACCAAAGUCAAAGGUUAGACAGUUACUUUGUGGUCAGUAUCUAGUUCAUCUGUGUGUGUGUGUGAUUAAUAAUAAUCCACCAUUUUAAUAAAUCUUGAGGACAGAUAGUUUGCUUAAAUGCAUUAUGAUACUAUGAGUGCAUUUUUUGUGAAAAUACUGAAAACAAUUACUUAAAUGGCUUUAAGUAUCUUGAAAAUAAUUUUAACUAACAAUUUUUUUC